AUGAGAACACACUCAGCGUAUUUGCUGUUUGCCAUCCCCUCCACCGAGACAGACUCGGGUGCAAGGGCAAGGGCGACGAGGCAGGGCGUGUUCCGCGACGGCGGUAGGAGGAGCUUAUGGCAGAGGGCGGCGGGGCCCUAUAUUACUGGUUGGUUGCAUGAGUUCAGUCGCACACGCGCAUUCCCCUCCGUGGCCACGCUCAAAUCCCUCCGUCGCCCACGCGCACUCCCCUCCGUCACCCACGCGCACUCCCCUCCGUCACCCACGCGCACUCCCCUCCGUCGCGAACGCGCAUUCCCUCCGUCGCCCACCCUCACUUCCCGAUUGUCGCAGACGCGCACUCCCCUCCGUCACACACGCACAUUCCCUUCGUUGCCCAUCCUCACCCCCCUCCAUCGCAAACGCGCACUCCCCUUCGUCGCACAUGCUCGCCCGUGCUCACCUUGUUUUCCACACGUCCUCUCCCCAUCUCCGCCUCACCUCAUCCCCACCUCACCCCAUCUCCGCCUCACCCCAUCUCCGCCUCACCCCAUCUCCCCCUCAUCCCGUCUCCACCUCACCUCAUCUCCGCCUCACCUCCUUUUCAUCCCAUCUCCGCCUCACAUCAUCCCCACCUCACCCCAUCUCCACCUCACAUCAUCUCCGCCCCAUCCCAUCUCCGCCUCACCACAUCUCCGCCUCACCUCAUCUCCUCCUCAUCCCAUCUCCCCCUCAUCCCAUCUCCGCCUCACUUCAUCUCCACCUCAUCCCAUCUCCCCCUCAUCCCAUCUCCGCCUCACCUCAUCUCCUCCUCAUCCCAUCUCCGCCUCACCUCAUCUCCGCCUCACCCCAUCUCCGCCUCACCCCAUCUCCGCCGCACCCCAUCUCCCCCUCACAUCAUCUCCGCCCCAUCCUCAUCUCCAUCUCACCCCAUCUCCAUCUCACCUCAUCCCCACCUCACCCCAUCUCCGCCUCACCCCAUCUCCGCCUCACCCCAUCUCCGCCUCAUCCCAUCUCCCCCUCACCUCAUCUCCAUCUCACCCCAUCUCCGCCUCACCCCAUCUCCGCCUCAUCCCAUCUCCCCCUCACCUCAUCUCCAUCUCACCUCAUCUCCGCCGCACCCCAUCUCCCCCUCACAUCAUCUCCGCCCCAUCCCAUCUCCGCCGCAUCUCUGCUCCCGUCGCUUCUCUCCAUCCCUCCUCUACCCAUCCCUCCUCUACCCAUCCCUCCGUUGACCCCACCCCUCCUCUCCCCAUAUCUCCUUUCCCCAUCCCUCCACUCCUGAUCCCGCCGCUUCCCAUCCCUCCUCUUCCAAUUCCUCUUCUCCCAAUUCCUCCUCUUCCAAUUCCUCCUCUCCCAAUUCCUCCCUUCCCACACUCGUCCGCCCCCCAUCCAUCCUGUCCCCAUCCGUCAUCUCCCAUCCCUCCCUGGCAUCCCUCCUCUCUGCAUCGUUCUGACCCCAUCCAUCCUUUCCCCAUCCCUAAUGUCUCCAUCCCUCCUUAA